AUCUAGCGUAGGCGUGUGGUUAACUAGAUUAGGUAGACGCGAUUUUCAAUAGUGAUGCUUUUGGCAUUUUCUUCAUCAUUUUUGCAGUUUGAUUUUAGUUCGACCACAAAAACAAGCCCAUACUAUUAGAGUUCUUUAUCUUUGUAAAUGAUGUAUUAGUUGGGCCUGAUUAGUUGGUGAUAUAACAGAUUUUAGUUGUAACGUUUUCUGGGACUAUAUAUAUGGCCUUCUUCUUCUAAUAAUAUUAUGCAAGAUUAAUUUACUCUCUAGCCUCAAUAUGGUAUCAGAGCACACGUGGGUUUUUCAGAGAGUAUUUUGGUAACUUCCCCUCCACGAUUGGCGGUUCCUUUUCCUUUUCCUUUCCUCGCCUUCUGCUUCGUUUACAUCAAUGGCGGACGAUUUCAUCAAUCYGACUGCAUCCACGYCUACURUUAUCGCUCYGAUUGCAAUCGAGCAAUAUACCAACCCUUAUUUCUUGCAUCACUCUGAUAAUACAAGCCUUGUUCUUGUAUCUGAUCCUUUGACAUAUGAGAAUUAUACAUCAUGGAGUAGAUCGAUGUUGAUUGCUCUCACGAUGAAGAACAAAGUUGGUUUUGUUGACGGAUCUAUCGUUCGGCCUACUGGAGAUCUUCUUCACUCUUGGAUCAUCUGCAACAACGUUGUAAUUUCUUGGAUCUUGAACUCUCUGUCAAAAGAAAUCUCUGCAAGCGUUUUAUUUUCUGAUUCGGCCCGUGAAAUUUGGCUCGAUUUGAAAGAGCGUUUUCAGAAACAGAACCGCCCUCGCAUCUUUCAAUUAUGCCGAGAUCUAUCCAAUUUGGUGCAAGAUCAACUUUCUGUAAGUGCUCAUUUCACUCGUUUAAAAACACUAUGGACAGAACUCAACUCUUAUCGCCCCUCUUGCACUUGUGGUCGAUGUUCGUGUGGUGGUGUGAAGGAGAUUAUUGCUUUUCAGCAACAAAAACACGUUAUGUGUUUUCUUAUGGGGCUGAAUGAAUCUUUCAGUCAAUUGCGGGCACAAUUACUCCUUAUGGAACCUGAACCAACUAUCAAUCGAGCCUUCUCCUUGGUUUCUCAAUAGGCUCAACAGCGUGCCAUCCUCACUUCUACAUCUCCGCAAACUUUGCCUACUGCUCUCAUGGCUCGGAAUUCUUCCUCCUCUUGUUUUUAUAAGUCGGUUUCUAAUUCUUCUUCACAUUCCAAGAAGAAAGACAAGCCUUUUUGCACACAUUGCGGUCUCACUGGCCACACUGUUGAUAGGUGUUACAAGUUGCACGGGUAUCCCCCUGGAUACCGCACUUCGGGCUCUCGCAACAAUUCUUCUCAAAAUAAGUCUGCUACUGAUUCCUCGAAGCCGAUUGAUUCUUCUACCUCUUCGAAUCUUCCUGAUUCGUUGACGUCUCUUAGUGUUGAUCAGUGUCAAGGGCUAUUAUUCCUUCUUCAAUCUCAUUUGACCAAGGUUAAUUCUGGUCCCACGGCAGAUUCUGUUCAAUCUCAUGUUGCAGGACAAGUCCUUUUCGAAGAUGAUUGGCAAAGCUGAAUCUUGGCAUGGUCUUUAUCUCCUUUCUGUUGAGCUGUCUGCUGCUCCUACUACAGUUGUUUGUAAUUCUACUUAUCAUACUUGGCACAAUAGACUUGGUCAUCCUUCACCCAAGCAUCUUUUUGCUUUAAAAAAUGUCUUACAUAUUGAUUCAAUUCCUAAGCAUGAUUAUGAUUUUCCUUGUGAAAUGUGUCCUUUGGCCAAACAGAAAUGAUUUUCCUUUGAGUCUCACAAUAAUAUUUCAGUCUAUUCUUUCGAUCUAA